AUGCCCGAUGAGGUUGCCCCACCAUCCCGAUGGGUGCUCCUAAAUGGUUCAGAUGUAAGUUGUUCCAUUUUUACCCUCCCACUUCUCCAACUUGCUACUCAUCCCACGCUCCUUCAAUUUCUCCUCCCACUUGAUCCCGUCGCUCUCCACGUCAGUCUCAUCCCAUUUACAAACUCAUCUCCCUCCUCCCCAUCUUCUACCUUCUCACCAUCUUUCCCCUCCUCCUCUCAUCUGCCUUCACCAUCGCCGUCGCCACCUUCUUCUUCACUUGGCUGGCUCCUCUUCACUUUCAAUCACGACCCACUUUACCCACCAAAAUCCCUCAUUCAAUUCAUCGUCGCUUCCCUUUCCGUCAAAAUUAAACCCCAAUUUUACAACCCUAAAAAGAAAUCGAGUGUAUAUCUGUGGAUUGAAUCGAUGCUUUUCCCCUUACUGAUCAAUUUUGCGUAUAAUUACGAACACGCAUUGAAUCCUCACGUUUUGUUAAUCGUUUAUUGUUUUAUAAUGUUUAUUCUGAUUGAUCUUCUGGUUUUCGUUUCGAACGCCGUCGUUGGAGCGGUGACCGGAGUCGAGCUUGAGCUGCCGUCGGACGAGCCGUACCUGUCGACCUCCUUACAAGACUUCUGGGGUCGUCGAUGGAACCUCAUGGUAACAAAUAGCCUGCGACAUACAAUAUACAAACCCACGUGGGAGAUGGCGUGGAGCUAAAGGGGAAGAGAGCAAUGGACGG